AGGGCAAUGUCAGGAAAGAUGUGCAGCAACAACAGUGUUGUUCAGACACAAAAGCUGGUGGAUCAACUCCGGGUGGAGGCAAGCAUGGAGAGAAUCAAGAUCUCCCUGACAGCAGCAGACUUGGUCCAGUACUGCAAGGACCACAGGCGCAGUGACCCUCUGCUCACCGGCAUCGCAGCUUCAUCCAAUCCUUUCAAAGAUAAGAAGACCUGUGUGCUGCUCUAA